UUACUAAACGGAGGAGUUAAAAUCUACUGUGAGCUCAGGGGCCUUUAUUUGAGAUAUUUCGGUUCAUUCGUUUCGUAAAAGUCUCGAUACAUGCAAAAAAACGAAUCCUUCCUCAUUUCGACAAUUCUUUAAACAGCGCACCCCACGAAGGAUUGCGUGGCUGUGAUAACGACCCUUGACCCCUGUGAACAUGCCGAGGUCAUUUUUAGUGAAGAGCAAACGGGCACACAGCUAUCACCAGCCACGCUACCUGGAGGAAGACUACACGCGACUCACUACUCUUCAAACGCAUUCAUGCACAGAUAUUCAAACAGAUAAAGCGUCACAACAUUGCGAGGAUGUAGGUAAAAGUCCGGGCAGGCGUUCGCCCGAGGGAAGUGUGGUAUGUACUGCGGACCACUCUGCUCAGCAGUCUCCGCUCAGCUGCGAGGGCAGUGUGUGUGACAGACCCUCGGAUUAUGACGAUUCCUGGAGACCCCGGUCACCGUCAUCAUCUCCCGAUGUGGGAAAAUAUCCCGUAUCAUCACCGGAUGACAUCCAGCCUUUUGACAUGACCUUCCGACCGUGCAAUUGGGCACAUGCAAGAUCCGAGCUCAGGCGUUUCGUUCAACCUUUUCACCGGCUUCCCAUUCCGAUGGGACCAGAACCGCCGACCGGCAUUUAUGGUACCACGGAGAGGAGUACUCGGGCUCUUUUCAAUGAACAGACCUCCUCCAGGGGAUAUAGCCAGGAGUAUAACCCCUUGGCCGCCGCCGGGGGAUUUUACGCUAGUUUCAAGACCAUCACUGAGGUCUCCGACAUUGAAUCACAGUCUGAUCUUUUGUGCACUCAGCUCCAUCUAAAUGGCUCAUACAAAUGUGUAAAAUGUACUAAGGUGUUUUCAACCCCGCAUGGCUUAGAGGUUCACGUUCGGCGGUCGCACAGUGGCACGAGGCCCUUUGCCUGCGAAAUGUGCGGGAAAACAUUUGGUCACGCGGUUAGUCUGGAACAGCACAAAGCCGUUCACUCGCAAGAGAGGAUUUUCAGCUGCAAAAUAUGUGGGAAAAGCUUCAAGAGGUCGUCUACUCUGUCUACGCACCUGCUCAUCCACUCUGACACGCGACCAUACCCGUGCCAAUACUGUGGCAAGAGAUUUCAUCAGAAGUCAGAUAUGAAAAAACAUACAUUCAUCCACACAGGCGAAAAGCCGCACAAAUGUCAAGUGUGUGGAAAGGCCUUUAGCCAGAGUUCCAACCUCAUUACGCAUAGCCGAAAACAUACCGGAUUCAAGCCAUUUGGAUGCGACUUGUGCGGGAAAGGCUUUCAGCGCAAAGUAGAUUUGAGGAGGCACAAAGAAACACAGCAUGGUCUAAAAUAAAGAGAACCUCAAAUCAAGACAGUUUUGUAACUGCACACUCUUUACACGUAAAACACUAUCAGGAUACGGACCUAACAGACCGUUAGAUAGUCUAUGCUAAGAGUAUCUAGGCCAUCUGUGGCUGAAUUCCUGAUAUGACUUUUAGGUUAUUUAUAUAAAAAUGUUUGAAUGUUUAUUCAAUUCAUAUACACGAGUUACUCUGUUUUCUAAAUAUGUAAA